AUGGAACGCACAAAGCUUGGGAAGGUACCAAAGUUUCGCCGAAGGCCCAGCACUAGCAGCACCACAAUAACAAUGACAACGGUUGAGGACGAUGGCACACAGGUUGAACGGAAACCAAGGCGGAAGUCGAGGCGACCUACAGCUCGAACGCAAACAGAUCAGGCUUUAUUCAAAGAGGCGUUUAAAAUGUUCUGUGAUCGAACACUGAAGUAUCUCAACGAUCCUGUAACUACUACUUGCAAUGGAGUCAAUGCAUUAACCGAUGAAUUUAUGAAACUCAAAAUGGCCACACAGUCAAUUGGCAAUCGGCCAAAGGCGGCGUGGGAUGCAAAUCCAGACAAGAACCGCUAUCGAGAAGUCUUUUGCGUCGACAGUACAAGAGUGGUACUGACAUGGCCUGGUGGAAUGGGCGAUUAUAUAAACGCUAAUUGGGUGUCUAGUGUGGAGAAGCCGAAAAAAUUCAUAUGUACACAGGUAGACCGACGAACCAAAGAGGGUCAUGGCCAUAUUCAGGGACCAAUGGACAAAACCAUUGACGACUUCUGGCGAAUGAUAUGGCAGGAGAAGUGCCGCAGCAUUGUAAUGCUCUGCAACAUCAUGGAAUGCGGUAAACAGAAGUGCGAGCAGUACUGGCCACUCAGCGCGGAAACACCAAUGAAGCUGCCCAGCGGACUUACAGUCAAGUUUGUCUCGACCGACGCCAUUGAGAACAGCGUGGAUCUAACAAAAAUUGACAUGUGCGAUUCCAGCGGACAAGAACACUCGCUAGAACAUUUUCACUGGAAAGACUGGCCCGAUCGAGGUGUGCCUGCUUCAACGACGUUGUCGAUCUUCCGACUUCUUCGCAAGAUAAUCACUCCAGAAGAGACGCAGAAAUUCAACGACGAUUAUGAUCAAAUGCUUAAGAGUCGCGGUUUCACG